AUGGGGUUGCUGGUCAAUUUGGCUACGUUUAGCCAAGUGGCCGCCCUAGUCAGCGCAGCCUCCUCCCAUAUUGUUACGGAUCCAUACGUCGCAACUCAAUGGAAUGCGUGCCCUUCAACUUGCAAUACUGGUGACUCCAGUCACUGGGGCUACUACAGUAAUCUUCGCAUCCUCAAAACCUGUGACGAGCCAAUGCUUCUGAACUUUGCUGUCAACAAUCCCAUCCGAAACCAGGCAAACCCCGGACUACUGGCUUGCUCUCUGUCCGCUGAUGACACCUUGCCAUCUGCAAAGGUUCAAAUCGAGGCCGCCGAUACCAACCUGUAUACAGCAAAGGAUGUGGAGCUGGAGGUCGCUUCUCGCGGCGAUGCAGCAAGUCAAUACACACCCCACGCCGAAGCUGCGGCAAAGCUUGUGAAAUCCCAGUUUGAUAAUGCUGGCGGAAUAUAUACUACCAUUGCCUUUGGGUAUUCUAAUGGAGUUGCUUUGGGCGCUUACAUCGGCUCUGCUAUAGCAAGAGACAACGGCAUUCUUGCAUCUUUCCUCGACAAGCUCAGCAAGGGAGAGCUCAGCACAUCUGGUUCUAUGAUGCAGGUUUGUGACACCAGUCGUUCAUCAGCAUAUACUGUCGGUGUUGUAUCUGAGGCAAACUCCAACAACAAAGAAGCUCUGUCUGUUGUUCAAGAAGCCCUUGCCGCCUGGAAUAGGGGUGAAUGUGUCAAAAGUUACAAGAACAGUCGAAAAUCAGAGAUUACUGUUGGGGAAGUUGUCCGUCCGAGUGGGAAAAGCUCUCAGAUUAGCUCCCAUGCGAAAGCCCAUGCCAAGAAGUCGCACUCAAGACUCCACAGUCGUGCAGACUGCAGAACUAUACAACUCACUACUGAACAAAGUUGUACGGAGCUUGCUGCAACCUGCGGUAUCUCGCCUGCUGACUUUACAGAGUACAACCCAAGCUCGACUUUAUGUGCCAAUUUACAGAAAGGUCAACACGUUUGCUGCUCAGCUGGAACUAGGCCUGAUUUCGCACCCAGCCCAAACCAGGAUGGAACUUGUGCAACAUACAAGAUCAAUAACGGGGAUCUCUGCAGCCAAAUUGCUGCCGCACAUGAUGUCACUGUUGAUAAUAUCAGCGACUGGAAUAAGAAAACCUGGGGAUGGCAAGGUUGCGGAAAUCUCCCUUUGAAUGGCUACAUUUGCAUCAGUUCAGGUGACCCACCUAUGCCUGCAAACGUUCCGAACGCCGUCUGUGGGCCACAGGUAAACGGAACCAAGAGACCAGAUGAUUGGGAUGAUAUUUCGGGCCUCAAUCCGUGUCCUUUGAACGCCUGUUGCGAUAUUUGGGGUCAAUGUGGAAUCACUUCUGAAUUUUGCACGCCAACGAAUUCUACUACUGGAGCUCCCGGCACGGCCGAGAAAGAUACAAACGGCUGUAUCUCCAAUUGUGGAGUUUAUAUCAAAUUGAACACAGGCAUCACCAGUGAACCGGCUACCUUGGCAUAUUACGAGGCAUUCAAUAAUCAAAGACCAUGCUUGAAUCUGGAUCCACAAGCUAUCAUGACCCUUGAGGUAAUUGGUGGUGAAGAUGGAAGUUUUGCCAUCUAUUUCGCGUACAGCUAUAUCCAUUUCGCCUUUGCCAACAUUACCGAAGACUUUCAGGUUGACAUAGGCUCUGUCAAAGACGAGUUCGACGCAUUCAAACAGUUGGCAAAGCCAAAAGAUCCCACCGGACAAGAGAUCAAUCAGCGCAAGGUUCUGUCUUUUGGUGGCUGGUCGUUCUCGACAGAUCUGGACUCCUACGCUAUCUUCCGCAAGGGGGACAAUAAUCUCGACGGUUUGGACUUUGACUGGGAAUACCCCGGGGCUCCUGACAUCCCGGGCAUUCCAGCCGGUGAUCCCGACGACGGUGAAAGAUACUACAACUUUUUGAAGGAGGUUCGAGACAAGCUUCCAUCAGGAAAGACCGUGUCUGUUGCUGUCCCAGCAUCCUUCUGGUAUCUCAAGGGCUUCCCAAUCAAGAAGAUCUCCGAUGUUGUGGACUAUAUUGUUUUCAUGACAUACGAUCUCCACGGUCAAUGGGACUACGAUAAUCCCAAUGGAUCGGAUGGUUGCGAUGGUGGCUCCUGUCUUCGAUCUCAUGUGAAUGAGACUGAAACUGCUCUUGCGUUCGCUAUGAUCACCAAAGCUGGUGUGCCAAACAAUAAGAUCUUCGGUGGAGUUGCCAGCUAUGGGAGAUCUUUCGGGAUGGCAGACCCCUCCUGCUACGGCCCAACAUGCAAGUUCACAGGCCCGGAGUCGGGAGCCAGGCCUGGCGAAUGUACUCAAACUGCAGGCUAUAUUGCAAAUGCAGAGAUUGAAGAGUGGCUUUCUGAUGAGAAUGAGAAAAUCCACACUUACUACGAUGAAGACAGUGCAUCGAUGAUCUCCUACUCUGAAAAUGGUACCUGGGUCGCUUACAGCAAUGAGGCCAACCGGACUGCCCGUUUACUGGACUGGUGGCAAAAUGGUCAUUUCGCUGGAACUGCUCUAUGGGCACUUGACCUUACCGAGUUUGUCAGCGAAGAUUCUGAUGGCUCAAGAUUGGACGCUAUCUACCCGACCAACUGCACCCAGUCUUUUGACAACAUGGAUGAUUUGGAGGCUGCGACUGGGCUUGAUGACUUCUGUGUGAACAUCUACCUGAUGCAGGCAUUAUCAGGAAAUCUUACCGCGUCUCUCGAAAAGUACCAAGAGAUCUUGGACGACGAGUACGACAAGAAAUUCGGCUGGUAUGAGGAAGCCGUCAGGAAAUCUGCCCCCCUCAGUCUACAAUCAUUUUUGAAGGCAAAUGAUACCAAAUAUUUCGACUGCAUUCAAAAUGGAGAUGCAGACUACACGAAUCACACAGACAAAGGUUGUGUUCAUGACAGAGAACUUGGCCUUGGCGUUGACGUGUACUGGAGCGUACAUGACAAAGAACAGUUCGAAACAGACCUCACAGCAACGACAGGAAUCUCACCUGAAUGGCUUCGGUGGGAUAUGGACCCGGAAUCAUACCAUGACAGUUAUACGGGGAACGAGGGAACCACUACCAAUUACGGAAAGCCAUGGUUGAAGACGGAUUACACAAUUGAUAACCCUAAGGACAUGAUUUCAAAGCGACUGCCGAAUAUCACUGCAUUCCAUGAAAACCUGGAUUUCACGGCUGGGCUCGCCAACUACAGCUUCUACUCAGGGGAUACAAGUGAUGUUGUGGAUGGAGCGUCAACACUUGUUUUCAUGGUAUCAUCAGCCGUGACGAGUAUGUCCCGCGUUGAGGACAUUGGGGAGGACUACGAGGAGCAUAAGAUUAUAAAUGCCAUUUUGUGGUUUGUUACAGCUGUUCUCUUCCUGAUUCCCGGUCUUCAGGAGGGAGCGGAGGCCUUGGAACUUGGCACUCUGGCAGCAUCUCUGAGAAUGAUUGGAACCGCUGGCGAUGUUGGAAUGAGCGUAUAUGAUGUUGUUAACAUCAAAGAGAAUGGUCCAGCUGCUGUACUCGGUAUACUUCUGGCCGGCGCUGGGGCUCUUUCCAUGAUCAAGGCCCCGACUGGAUUUGCCAACGCGGCCAAAGCCCGAAGAGCGAUUUCCGCGACGCAUAUUGACGCGUUGGGAACUGAAGUCAAGGGUGGAAUGGCCCAAGUUGAAAAGUUGAUACAACGGUGCUAUUAG